CAGUAUAAAGUAGGAAAACAUUGACAAUGGCGUCACAUGGAAGAGCACACGGCGUUCCCCACGGUUGGCCUAAACAAUCUAAUACCGCAUCCUUCCCAAAAUAUGGCACUGCAAAUCCUCUCAUCACUCUCGAUAGACCAAUUAAUUUGUAUCCUUUAACUAACUACACAUUUGGUACAAAGGAACCUCUUUAUGAAAAGGAUAGUUCUGUUCCAGCCAGAUUUGCCAGGAUGAGGGAAGAUUUUGAGAAGAUUGGUAUGAGACGAUCUGUUGAAGGUGUAUUAAUUGUACAUGAACAUGGUCUUCCACAUGUCCUCCUGUUACAGCUUGGUACAACUUUCUUCAAAUUACCAGGAGGUGAAUUAAAUACAAGUGAAGAUCAAGUUGAAGGCCUUAAAAGAUUACUUACAGAGACACUUGGUAGACAAGAUGGAGGGACCAUGGAAUGGGCCAUAGAAGAUACGAUAGGAAACUGGUGGAGACCAAACUUUGAACCACCACAGUAUCCAUACAUACCAGCCCAUAUAACAAAGCCAAAAGAACAUAAAAGAUUGUUUUUAGUACAGUUACCAGAAAAAGCAUUGUUUGCAGUCCCAAGAAAUUACAAAUUAGUAGCAGCACCAUUAUUUGAACUAUAUGACAAUUCUGCAGGAUAUGGCCCAAUUAUAUCAAGUUUACCUCAGGCAUUGAGCAGAUUCAAUUUCAUCUAUAAUUAAUAAGAUUUGUUUGUUCAUCUGAAGAAGAGAGAAUUUGGUGUUGUAAAAAGGCAGCUCACAGACAAGCUGAUCUGUUAAGAGACGGGACUCUGUUUUUUAUUAAUAAAGACAUGUUUUUUCAUGA